AUGAAUUCUAUUACGAAGUAUUACAAUGGAGAAACUAAAGAAAAAAUAAAAUUUUACAAUGACAAUAUCAUCAGACCACUUGAACAUAAAUUAGAAAAAUGUGUAUCACUGGUCGAAUACGAAAAGAAUAAAAACAAUAACAUAAGCAACUGCUUAAUAGAGUUUGCUCCGGAAUUUAAAGAAAAAAUUGAAAAUGUUAAAUCACAAAUCAAACAACUAGAUAAAACUAUAAGUGUUCAGUAUGGGACUGUGGAAAUAUUACAAAAAGAUUAUAAAAAUAUUCAAUUGGAUGUUGUACGCCAAAUAGAAAUAAAUUUAAUCAAAGCAGAAAAGUUUGAAAAUAUCUUUGAAGCUAUUCAUAACUAUUGGACGCAAAUGUUGAAGGUUGUUGAAAUGAGAGAAAAUUAUAUAAUUUUGGAUAGCAAGGUAUUCCAAAAACGGUACGAGAUAAAGAAAAAACAAGAGGAAUGUUUAAGAAGGGAAAAAGAAUUGAUAUCAAAGUUAGAUGAAUUAAAAGAAUCAGUCCGUGAACAAGCAAAAUAUAACAAACAAUUGUCUCGGCAGUAUAUUCAGCUGACAAACAAAUGA